AUGAACUGGGCAAACCUGCAGAGCCUCCUGAGCGGCGUGAACAAGUACUCCACGGCACUGGGCCGCAUCUGGCUGUCGGUGGUGCUUAUCUUCCGUUUGCUGGUGUAUUUGGUGGUGGCCAAGGAGGUGUGGAAUGAAUCCCAGGACUUCGAGUGCAACACCCAGCAGCCAGGCUGCCCCAGCGUCUGCUACGACGAGUUCUUCCCCGUGUCCCACCUGCGCCUCUGGGCCCCGCAGCUCAUCCUGGUCACAUGCCCCUCGCUGCUGGUGGCCAUGCACGUGGCCUACCGCGAGGACCGCGAGCGGAAGCACCGUCUGAAACACGGGCCUGACGCCCCCUCCCUGUAUGACAACCUGGGCAAGAAGCGGGGCGGGCUCUGGUGGACGUACCUGCUGAGUCUCGUCUUCAAGGCUGCCGUCGACUCUGGCUUCCUCUACAUCUUCCAUCGCAUCUACCAGGAUUACGACAUGCCCCGCAUGGUGGCCUGCUCCGCGAAGCCCUGUCCCCAUACCGUGGAGUGUUACAUCUCCCGACCCACAGAGAAGAAGAUCUUCACCUACUUCAUGGUGACUACAGCUGCCAUCUGCAUCCUGCUUAACCUCUGCGAGCUCACUUACCUGGUGGGCAAGAGGUGCAUGGAGAUCUUUGGUCCCAGGCUCCAGCAGUCUCAGUGCCAUGGUCAUCUCCCUGAUACAUGCCCACUAUAUGCCCCCUCCCAAGAUGGGAACUCUGUCCUAAAGAAGGACAGAGUAUUUGCCCUGGCUUCUGCCAGCAACACUCCCCAGACCUUCACCUGA